AUGGCCGGCUGGAUCCAGGCCCAGCAGCUGCAGGGAGAUGCGCUGCGUCAGAUGCAGGUGCUCUAUGGGCAGCACUUCCCCAUCGAGGUCCGCCACUACCUGGCGCAGUGGAUCGAGAGCCAGCCAUGGGACACCAUCGACCUGGACAACCCUCAGGACCGAGCCCAGGCCACCCAGCUACUGGAGGGCCUGGUGCAGGAGCUGCAGAAGAAGGCCGAGCACCAGGUGGGGGAGGACGGUUUUUUGCUGAAGAUCAAGCUGGGCCACUAUGCCACGCAGCUCCAGAACACGUACGACCGCUGCCCCAUGGAGCUGGUCCGCUGCAUCCGCCACAUUCUGUACAAUGAGCAGAGGCUGGUCCGAGAAGCCAACAAUUGCAGCUCUCCAGCCGGGAGCCUGGCUGACGCCAUGUCCCAGAAACACCUCCAGAUCAACCAGACAUUCGAGGAGCUGCGGCUGGUCACGCAGGACACAGAGAAUGAGCUGAAGAAGCUGCAGCAGACCCAAGAAUACUUCAUCAUCCAGUACCAGGAGAGCCUGAGGAUCCAGGCUCAGUUCGCCCAGCUGGCCCAGCUGAACCCCCAGGAGCGGCUGAGCCGGGAGACGGCCCUCCAGCAGAAGCAGGUGUCCCUGGAGGCCUGGCUGCAGCGAGAGGCCCAGACCCUGCAGCAGUACCGAGUGGUGAGUGGCCGCCUGGGUCCUCCCCGCAGCGGGCCCUGCCCUGAGGUGAAGGCCACCAUCAUCAGCGAGCAGCAGGCCAAGUCUCUGCUCAAGAACGAGAACACCCGCAACGAGUGCAGUGGGGAGAUCUUGAACAACUGCUGCGUGAUGGAGUACCACCAAGCCACGGGCACCCUCAGUGCCCACUUCAGAAACAUGUCCCUAAAGAGGAUCAAGCGGGCGGACCGCCGGGGCGCCGAGUCUGUGACGGAGGAGAAGUUCACGGUCCUGUUUGAGUCUCAGUUCAGCGUGGGCAGCAACGAGCUCGUGUUCCAGGUGAAGACCCUGUCCCUUCCUGUGGUUGUCAUUGUUCAUGGAAGCCAGGACCACAAUGCCACGGCCACUGUACUGUGGGACAACGCCUUUGCUGAGCCGGGCAGGGUGCCGUUUGCCGUCCCCGACAAAGUGCUGUGGCCGCAGCUGUGUGAGGCGCUCAACAUGAAGUUCAAGGCAGAAGUGCAGAGCAGCCGGGGCCUGACCAAGGAGAACCUCGUGUUCCUGGCGCAGAAGCUGUUCAAUCACAGCAGCAGCCACCUGGAGGAAUACAGCAGCAUGUCCGUGUCCUGGUCCCAGUUCAACAGGGUGAGGAGCGCGGCCACCAGCUGCCAGGGGACCGCCCUGGGCCAGCUUCCCCACCUAGCCAGCCUCUCCCACAAUCAGAGGAGACUGGGCUCAGACCCCAGGGUCAUGGAGGUGCUCAAGAAGCAUCACAAGCCCCACUGGAAUGAUGGGGCCAUCCUAGGUUUCGUCAACAAGCAACAGGCCCACGACCUGCUCAUCAACAAGCCCGAUGGCACCUUCUUGUUGCGCUUUAGCGACUCAGAAAUCGGGGGCAUCACCAUUGCCUGGAAGUUCGACUCGCCGGACCGCAACCUGUGGAACCUGAAGCCGUUCACCACCCGGGACUUCUCCAUCCGCUCGCUGGCUGACCGCCUGGGGGACCUGAACUAUCUCAACUACGUGUUCCCUGACCGGCCCAAGGAUGAGGUCUUCUCAAAGUACUACACUCCAGUGCUCGCCAAAGCCGGUGACGGAUACGUGAAGCCACUGAUCAAGCAGGUGGUCCCUGAGUUUGUGAAUGCAUCUGCAGACUCCGCUGGGGGCAGCGCCACCUACAUGGACCAGGCCCCGUCCCCAGCCGUGUGCCCCCAGGCCCACUACAACCUGUACCCACAGAACCCCGACCCGGUCCUGGACCAGGACGGAGAGAUAGACCUGGACGAGACCAUGGAUGUUGCGAGGCACGUGGAAGAGCUCUUACGCCGACCAAUGGACAGUCUGGGGCCGCCCCUGACCCCCCAGGAUGGCUUCUUCACCGCCACCAGGGGCUCCCUCUCCUGAGUGUCCACACCCCGCACUUCACUUGUCUUCGGAACCAGCAUUGGAGGGAAGGGUCUCCGUUGUGACCACAGCCUCUCUGUGCCCGCGGCGUGCGGGCCUGUAUCUCCUUCCUGUGCCCGCAGCGUGCCUGCCUCUCCUUCACAACCUUGCCCUUCUGUCUUCAGCUCAAGGCAUCGGGGAGCCCGCUGGGGUCAUCCCUGCCAUGGACCACGCCGGAGUUUUCUUUUCGGCAGGUCCUCCAUGCGGCAAACUGAUUCCUCCCAGGCCCUUGUCCCAGCAGUGUGUCCAAGGGGGAGGCUGGGCACGUCUUCAAACUGAAGUGUUCCUCAUGGAAGCUGCUUUGCCGCCCCGCUGUGUUUGUGUGUGCGUGUCAGCUGUGUGUGCUUCCUGUGUGUGUACAUGGCGCACACAUCCGCCCAUUCGCAUGCCCUUGUGCCGGUCUGUGUCCCCUCCCUCAGGAGGGAGGCUGGGGCUCGCCUGGGGGCCUCUUCUCAAUGCAUGAUUGUGGACUCGACUGUUUUACCAAACCCUCUGAGGGUGUGUCUCAGCCAGGUCAGCCGCCUUCGCAUUGACUCCGACUCCCGACGGCCUUAAGUACAACAGAAGCAAACUCCGCCCAAUCGCCUGAACGGGCAAGCCCAUCACUGGCGCCCGUCCAGCUCACCGAGGGUCCUGCCCUCCUUGGCUCCGUGUGCCACAUAGGAUCUACUCCUCCCUCCCUCCAGAGUUGUCCGAGUGCCUGCACCACAGACAAAGCCAGUUCUGGCCCCUGGAGAUGCCAGGCUGGCCAGCAGGACCGUCCUCUUAGCUUUUCAGUAGCUGAUGGUUAGGGAGUAGGUCACCCACCAGGUCUUUCUACCCCUGAGGCCCCUGGGGAGACUUGCACCCAUCAGCCUUUCAUUUAAUAGCUGGUUGCGUUAACCCUUGCACCACUCAGGGCCUCUACAGCCCAAUGGAUCUGGGUUGUGUUUUGGCCACGGCCUCUUGGCCAUGGAGACUGGGUCUUGGGUCUUGAACCUGGGAUGCCAUUGCUCCCAUUCCUGCUGUCUCCAUUCCGCCCCAGCCUUGCUCCCUGGAGACAACCUCGAUUUCAAGAGGUGGGGCAGAGGCCAGGACGGGUCUAGAACAUGGCAGGUGAGGCCGAGUGGACCCCCUUCCCCUGGAGGAAAAGCUCGGGAGCCCCGGUGGUUAUGUGCUGAGCUGACAGCCACAGUGCUGGUGAAUGACGCCCACCAGCAGCUCUGCUGUGUCCAUCUACCUCCACUGAGGUCCACGGCCUUGGGAACCCCCGUGGGGGAGGUUCCACCCUGCCCUUGCGGGUGGACUAGAGGGUAUUGGGCUUUGGGGGAAACUGCAGCUAGAGCCCAGCAGGGGGUCAGCCAUGAGUGUGCCUUUGGAACCUGGAGAGCGGGCUUGGCUCGGCUCCCUGCAGGGAGGGGGCUCUGGCCUAGGCCUGGGCAGCCUAGAUCAGUGUAACUGAUCUGAGGUGGCCUUGCCUGAACUGCACGCUGCUCCCUCUGAUGGGCCAUGACAACCAGGGGCAGCCGAGCGUCCCCAGUGUAGACGUCACUCGCUGAGCUUGGGAGGACAGUGGGUGGCUGCCCCCAGUGUUGACACCACAGGGUGUAGACACUGCUCGCUAAGCUCUGGAGCAAUUCUUUCGUACUCUGUACAUAGACCGCACAUCAGUGUCAAUGGACACUUUUUGAAUAAAUUUUCUUUUUCGUA